CAUUUUUAAAAUUAUUUUUAGUCAAGGAAUUUGGAAAUUUUUUACACCUUCCUGCAAGUUAUUGUAAAUUUUUCGGUUAAAUAAGUUUUAAACAUACGAAAAAUUGAUAAAAUAAUUAUUGAAAAUUACAAAAUAUUGUUGAAAUAAUUAUUGAAAAUUCCAAAAAAUUGCUAAAAUAACUAUUGAAAUUUCCAAAAUUGUGAUAAAAUUGUGAUAAUGAGUUAUGAUAGAGCGAUAACGAUUUUUAGCCCUGACGGGCAUUUGAUGCAGGUGGAGUAUGCGAUGGAGGCUGUAAAAAGGGGCGGGUGUGUCGUGGGCGUUAAAUCCAACGACGCCGUAGUCAUCGCCGCUGAAAGGAAAAGCACAACCAAACUUCAAGAUCCCAGGUGUAAUAAGAAGAUAUUACAAUUGGAUGAGAAUUUAGCCUUGGCUUUCGCCGGUCUUAACGCUGACGCCAGAGUAUUAGCCAACAAGACGAGAUUGGAGUGUCAGAGGUAUAAGCUUAAUAUGGACGAAGCCGCCAGUGUCGGAUACAUCGCCAAAUACAUCGCAAGAUUACAACAAAAAUACACGCAUAAGGGCGGUGUUCGUUUGUUUGGGGUUUCGUUGUUAAUUGUUGGAUUUGAUUAUAACGGGAAACCGGCGCUCUUCCAAACUGAACCCUCCGGAAUCUACUCAUCCUGGAAAGCACAGUCCAUAGGCAAAAACUCCAAACAUGUGCAAGAGUAUUUGGAGAAGAAUUACAAGGAUGAUUUGAGUAGUGACGAGGCAGUGAUGUUGGCGGUUAAGGCGUUGUUUGAGGUGGUGGAGGUGUCGGCAAAGAGUCUGGAAUUGGCGGUUUUAGUGCCAGGAGGCAUGAAAAUCCUGGAGGAGUCCGCGCUCGAAAAAAUCGUAGAAAAGUUAAACGCCGAGAAAAUGGAAUCAGCCCAAAUUUAA